AUGCUGCCCGGGCUCAGGCGCCUGCUGCAAGGUCCCGCCUCGGCCUGCCUCCUGCUGAUGCUCCUGGCCCUGCCCCCAGUGGCCCCCAGCUGCCCCAUGCUCUGUACCUGCUACUCGUCCCCACCCACCGUGAGCUGCCAGGCCAACAACUUCUCCUCCGUGCCGCUGUCCCUGCCACCCAGUACGCAGCGACUCUUCCUGCAGAACAACCUCAUCCGCACACUGCGGCCGGGCACCUUUGGGCCCAAUCUGCUCACCCUGUGGCUCUUCUCCAACAACCUCUCUACCAUCUACCCGGGCACCUUCCGCCACUUGCAGGCCCUGGAGGAACUGGACCUCGGGGACAACCGGCACCUGCGCUCCCUGGAGCCUGACACCUUCCAGGGCCUGGAGCGGCUGCAGUCGCUGCAUCUGUACCGCUGCCAGCUCAGCAGCCUGCCCGGCAACAUCUUCCGUGGCCUGGUCAGCCUGCAGUACCUCUACCUCCAGGAGAACAGCCUGCUCCACCUACAGGAUGACCUGUUCUCGGACCUGGCCAACCUGAGCCACCUCUUCCUCCACGGGAACCGCCUGCGGCUGCUCACGGAGCACGUGUUCCGCGGCCUGGGCAGCCUGGACCGGCUGCUGCUGCACGGGAACCGGCUGCAGGGCGUGCACCGCGCGGCCUUCCGCGGCCUCAGCCGCCUCACCAUCCUCUACCUGUUUAACAACAGCCUGGCCUCGCUGCCGGGAGAGGCGCUCGCCGACCUGCCGGCGCUCGAGUUCCUGCGGCUCAACGCCAACCCCUGGGCGUGCGACUGCCGCGCGCGGCCGCUCUGGGCCUGGUUCCAGCGCGCGCGCGUGUCCAGCUCCGACGUGACCUGCGCCACCCCCCCGGAGCGCCAGGGCCGGGACCUGCGCGCGCUGCGCGACGCCGACUUCCAGGCCUGCCCGCCGGCGGCGCCCACGCGGCCGGGCAGCCGCGCCCGCGGCAACAGCUCCUCCAACCACCUGUACGGGGUGGCCGAGGCCGGGGCGCCCCCCGCCGACCCCUCCACCCUCUACCGAGACCUGCCCGCCGAAGACUCGCGGGGACGCCAGGGCGGGGACGCGCCCACGGAGGACGACUACUGGGGGGGUUACGGGGGCGAGGACCAGCGCGGGGAGCAGACGUGCCCCGGCUCUGCCUGUCAGGCGCCCCCCGACUCCCGCGGCCCUGCGCUCUCGGCCGGGCUCCCCACCCAUCUGCUUUGCCUCUUGCUCCUGGCGCCCCAUCACCUCUGA